UUCCAAACUCGUGGUUUUUGCGGACGUGUUUUUUUUGUGCAUGGUGGUUAAAAAAUAGUUGAUUAAAGUGAAAAAUCUAUAGAUUUAGGUGAAAGUUUUGAGAAUUUGCACGAUUUCUACCGAAAAAAGUGGGGCAAAAUGUUCGAGCUGGGCAAUCUUUCCGGCGAGGCCAGCAGCAGCCUUCUGACCAACAGCACUUCCGGAAUUCACGAGGACCACAGCAUGACGGGCAGCAUCGAUGGCUCGUUUCUGGAAACUUCCGCCGAAUCCGGCGUUCCGUGCAAGUCGGAAGAGGAGGGCGGAAGCCAGCUGCAGGAAGAACUCGCGGGUGGCAGUUCCGGCGGCGGCAGCUCGGUGUCCGGCUUCUACACGGUGGAAUAUCCGGUGACGCAGGUCAACGGAUGCCGCCAGUAUGGGCCGCCGCGCAGUUGGCGGGGACCGUCGCCGGGCUACGGUUGCGAGGUCUACGCAAAGCGCAUUCCGGCCAACUUUACCGAGGUGAACCUGGUGCCGAUCUUUGAGCGGUGCGGAAGAUUGUACGAGAUUCGGCUUAUGAUGGACUACAACAACCAGAACCGGCGUUACUGCUUUGUGCGGUACACCAACGAGGAGGACGCCCGGCUCGCGAUCGAGCUGCUCAACCACCACUUUGUGCGCGGCAACCAGACGAUCGAGGUCCAAAAGUCGUUCGAAAAGUGUCGCCUCUUUGUGGCCAACCUGCCGAAGGAGCUGGACCGCAAAACGAUCGAGGUUUCGUUCCGGUCGCUGUUCCCGGAGAUGACGCGGCUCGUCAUGCACAACCGGAUCGCGGACGGCACGACGAACCGGGGCUUUGCCUUUAUGGACUUCCCGGACCACGGGUCGGCGUUGCGCGCCAAGAAGCAGACCACGCCGGGCUGCCUCCGGAUGUGGGACCGGGACAUCAAGAUCGUGUGGGCGAACCCGCAGCGCGCGCUGGACCACUCGAACGCGGACGAGGUGAAGACGCUGUUUGUGCGGAACGUCGAUCUACAGGUAAGCACCAAGGAACUCUACAUGCUGUUCUCGCGGGUCGUGGACCGGCAGGACAUUGUCAAGAUUUCGCGCGUUCGUGAGUUUGCGUUUGUGGAGUUUACGCGACGCUUCCACGCGGCCUUCGCGAUGCAUGCCGUCCAGGGCUUCCAGCUGAACGGGUACACGCUGGACAUUGAGUGGGCGAUGCCGCCACUGCGUCCCACUUGCAGAAACUCGUUCCACAACAUGAAGAACUACGACUUUAACGUGCUGCUGCGCAUGAAGUGCCUCGCCAACGACUGGGCCCUGCCGAUCCUGCUGUUUGGGCGCAUCUUCUCGAUGAGCUGCGUGCAGUACGUGGCGGUCAUCAUUCGGGACAGCAAGCGGCAGCAGCAGCAGGGCCACGUGUACCUGGUGGAGAUUUGCACGACCGGGCUGUCGGACAUCCAGAGCCGCGUGUGCGAGGCCAUCUGCGCGUUCGUGCUGGAGAUUGGCACGCUGCCGGCGCUCAACCUGGUGCUGAAGAUCUGCCAGGACGAGAUGAAGAUUGUUGGUUCGAUUCCGUCGAUCGCGCACCCGGUGUUGCACUUGGCGCGUGGUGUGGAUCGGCGCUUGGAACUGUUCUGGAACGAGAUCGUGGACCUGUGCGAGGGCGCCCACCAGCUGUUGAAGUUCUCGUUCGACGACCUGUACGCCGUGUACCGGCGAGAGUUGGACAAGGGCAUUCGCUACUGCUACCUGGAGGACAUUCCGAUGGAGGAUCGCAUCAUCGGCUGUCAGGACCCGAACUAUCGUGGCCGCGGGCCGCUCAAUCCCGAUCUGGACGGCCGCGAGAUCAUCCUCGUCCUGUGCGAUCGCCAAACCCGCACAAACUACAACUUUUCCAGCAAGAACAACUACAUCGCGGAGAAGAUCUCCUCCUUGGAGGCCGUCGGAACGAGCACCCUGACGUACAAGGUCCAGGCCAUGCUGCCGGGACGCUUCGUCCAGGCCGGCUGCGAGCGGCUGCCCCGUAACGCGGCCGUCCCGUACGGCCACAACCAGUACUACAACACGCGACUCCCGGCGGGCAGCGGCGACUCCGCCAACACCAGCGGCACGUACAUGCUCCACCCGGAAACCGGACUUCCGUACCAGUCGUCGGACUCGUCGACCGUCGCCAACACCCUCCAGAACAUCAACUUCAGCAUGCCGCCUCCUCCGCUGCCGGCGUUGAUUCCGCCGCCGCAGAUCUACGGUCCACCGGCGCCGAUGCCGCUCGUUCCGGGUUACUACAGCCCGGACAUGAACCUGCUAACGCAGGCCAUGAGCCAGAUGUGCUUCGAUCCCGUGAUUGGGGCGUUGCUGGCGCAGAAUAUGUUCCUUUAAGCGUCGCCGGA